AAUAAUCACAUGUACUACGUGUUUGUAUUAGUAGUCUGAUUCCGUCUGAUUCUGAACCUUACACUAUUUCAAGUUCAUUGCAAAUUGUAAUUGAUAAGAAAUUUCCAUAUCUUACGAAUCGGAUAAGAGCCAGUCAUUACUAGUAGUAAUGCUGACGACACUGAAAAAUGUAAUAUGUAUCUUAUUUGAAAAAUAAAUUAAGAUCCAGUAGUGAACACUUGUUUGUAUAUGUAUGAAUCUUUUAUUAACAAGGGCUACUUUCGAUAUUCUAUCACUGUAAAAAUAAACGAUCGCUCUUGAAAUAUAAAAUGAAAAAAUGGCAAAUGUUUUAACUCCAUUCGUAUAUUGGGCACAAACAGAAACCCAGAUCUCUUUAAAGGUAGAUCUGACUGACGUUAAGGAUGUCAACGUCGAUUUGGAUGAGAAAAAGUUACGAGUCGUUGCUUACGGACAAGGUGCCAGGGGUCUCAAUAAUUAUGAAUUCAUCUUAGAUUUAUAUUCGUCCGUUAACGCUGAGGAAAGUAAUUACAAAGUGGUAAAUCGACAAGUGGAUUUUAUCCUGAAGAAAAAGUAUCCUGCUUGGUGGCCAAGAUUGACUGGUCAGCCACAGAAACCGACAUGGUUGAAAAUUGAUUUUGACAAAUGGACAAGCGAGGAUUUAGAGGAUAACGAAGAUGAAAAACGAGAUGUAUGCAAUGACUAUCCUGGCACGUACGACAGGCUUCAUAAAGAAGAGUUUGGCUACAGAAAAGAAGAUUUCAAGAAGGUCUACCUAAUUAUCUACAACUUAUGCCAGUUUGUUGGUUUCGUCUAUGUGCACAUUGUAAUGGCAGUCAUGUAUUCACGAGAUGGGCCAGCUUUCAUGAAAGAUACGUAUGCAGCUGUCGGCAACGCAAUGAAAUUCAUACAACUUAUACAAUUUCUAGAAGUUAUGCAUUCGUUAUUUGGCUACACAAAAAGUAGCACGUUCGUAUCGUUCAUACAAGUAGGAGGGAGAGCAUUUAUUUUAUUUGCUAUGAUUGAGGCAGAACCACGUAUGCAAACCAAGCCGGUCGUGUUCUACCUCUUCCUCGUCUGGGGCACUAUCGAACUAGUUCGAUAUCCUUACUAUAUCAUUCAGUUAUUAAACAUAGAAAUUUCAUUUCUAACGUGGCUGAGAUAUACUCUAUGGAUGCCUCUGUAUCCAUUAGGUUUUCUUUGUGAAGGAAUCGUAAUAUUAAGGAAUAUUCCAUAUUUCGAGGAGACACAAAAGUUUACCAUUUCCCUACCAAACUCAUGGAAUUUCGCAUUCCAUUUCCCAUCAUUUCUAAAGCUAUAUUUAUUGGUAUUUUGUAUACCUCUUAUGUAUAUGCUGAUGUCCCGGAUGAAUCAGACACGUUAUAAAAAGCUAGGUAAAUCCAAACUGCGGAAGAAGUAUGUGUAUUUUAAUGAAUAACGAGACUAAGCCACUAAAAUGCAUAAUUCUAUAAAUGGUUCAAUUAUUCGUUGCACAAUCUAUCAUGAAAUUCACACAGUGAACAUAGUUAGCUCAUUAUUGUAAAUAUAUUUAUUUUAAACAUAUAUGAUUAUAAAAGAUUUUAGAUAGAAAUUCGAAGAUCGUAAGCCAUUUUAUUUCAUUUUAAGUAUAAGGUUUAUUAAUAUUUACGGUAUCUGUACGACUUCUCCGACAAAUAUAAAUCUUUCCAUACGUGUAUAUUAAUUUCUGCCCACUGUGCAAGGUAUAUUCAUGUCCGACGUAAAGGAUGUUUAAAUCGGCGAAAAAAUUUUUGACUCGCGUACUUUUAACAAAAGAAGUCAUUUACAUAGAUUUGCAUACAUAAUUUAUACGCGGAGCUGAAUUUUCAAUUCGCGGAGAUAAUAGCAUAAAUCGCGUCCGGACAAUUACUGUCUACAUAGAAAUACGUGUAUCGACGCGGUACGGAACGAGUAAAAAAUAUAUAAAUCGUUUCACGAUUU